UUUAUAAAAACGAAAAUGGGGCGUUGAUUCCUCAAGAAGUUCAUUCCAUCGUUAUCUCUGUUCAGCAUUCGCCGGAUAUUGAAACUGAAGAACUUAGACGUCUUAUAAAAGAACAUGUCAUCAAUGCUGUUAUACCCUCUAAAUAUCUGACAGAAAAGACAAUUUAUCACAUACAACCUUCAGGAAAAUUUAUUAUUGGAGGGCCUCAUGGUGAUGCUGGGCUGACAGGACGUAAAAUAAUUAUUGAUACGUAUGGUGGUCAUGGUGCACAUGGAGGCGGUGCCUUUUCUGGUAAAGAUUGGUCUAAAGUUGACCGUUCCGCUGCGUACGCAGCCCGAUGGAUUGCCAAAUCCAUUGUUCAUGCCAAACUCGCAAGACGCAUUCUCGUUCAGCUUUCCUAUGCUAUCGGGGUUUCCAGACCUCUCUCAAUUUUUAUUGACACUUAUGGAACAUCAUCCAAAACUAAUGCUGA